AUGGCUUCCAAGCUGUGCUGCAUAACAGAAGAGGGCGAACGAUCGAACUCACCCGAGCUGCCCAACGUCCGCCUCAGCCAACUUGCACCCGCAAAACAGCGUCUUUUACCCGAACAAACCAGCUCACCAAACUCGCAGUUUACGAGCACCUGUUCCGGAGAUCUCCACGAGCUCAGAGAAAUCUUUCAGCAUGCUGAACACUGUGAUGAAGAUCGCGAUACACCUCUGCAGGCAGGUCCUGUACGUUUCAGUCGCCCUUCAAUCCACAGUAUACACUCACUUCACAAGGUGAAAAGCAUGCGUUCUAUGAUCAAGAAGAAAUUCUCCAAAGACUUUCACAAAAAGACACCCUCCACUCCAACACAUCACUCUGACGCGAACGAAACUACUCCAAAGUCCACACCUGACACUGUGAUCAAGCUUCAGAAAAGGGGGCCAAAGCAACAACUCCAGAUUACCAAACAGGACUUGCGCAAUAAUCUUCUUAGCAACAAGAAAUCUCACGAAGGAGGCUACGACUCGGAUGCCCAAGUGUUGGACGACGUUGCCAGAAAUGUUGGCAAAAGAUCACCUAACAAACGACCUAGUAUUCAUAGCGUUGACUGGGUUGCCUCGCAUGGAAGGAAAACGACACCAGAGUCAUGCACAAAUGGCUGCGCCAGUUGUGAGCCUCAGCAAGACCUUCGCCCAUAUGAUAUCACAGACACGCAGGCAGUCUCACUAUUCAAUACAUUCAACCUAGUGUCCAGAACACCUAUCCUAGCAUCAGAUACAUUCGAUGAGAGAAGAGGCAAGCUGAAGCGCUCGUACUCGGCAGAGUCAAUGAGCUUGCCAAAGCCCCCGCCAAUCUCUCCAUUACGAUUACCAGGUCUUUCAAACAAUGAUACAACUGGUAAGCCCUGGUCGGAGGCCAUGACUGAGAGUCUUCGGUUAUCACGCUUUCCCGUUCCUCCGCGUGACGGCAGUCCUAUAAUGUUCGACAACGACUUGCAUGUCUGCCGAAACCCAAAGCACAACCAGGCACAUCAUCGACGCCGGAACAGUGAUUCCUCAGUAGCUCCUAACUGCAAAUAUGAUAUGGUCACAUCUUCUGUGGCUCGCAUGGUAGAGAUUCGCGUUCAACAGCCAACCUCAACCGCCACCCCUAGACCGUCCAUGUCGAUUCAAGGCACUCUGCGUGAGAUAUCUUCUUCUGCUACCGUUGUCCGUCUCGAGAGAUCUCCGUGUGAGGAAGCAGAUGAUGAUGGUUCACACCAUUCGGUUCAUCUGCAAAGCAUGCGUAUUUCUCACCAUCUACGCUCGGGAUCAUUGCUCUCCUGGGACAAGCUUGCAAGCACCUCGGAAGUACCUGGAUCGCCUUACGAGUUGCAUGAACAUAGCUCUGCCGAUUCAAACUACUUUUCAGAAAAAAACCAGCAGCUGCCUUGUCAUCGUCGGCAGACAUCGAGCUCUGGCAUAGCAAGCUACAAGAUUCCGGCUGGAUGGGGAAAUCUCGUCCCUAGCGAUGCAAACAUUCAGCCUGAUUUUGCGUCUUCUAUAUACUCAAGUAGACCACAGAGCCCGCCUGGCAGCUUUGGUGGAUCUAUGGUCAACCUAUCCCGGACUGGUACUGAAAAUCAACCCUUCAGUAUCUCUACCUCAGAUCUGCGCAGGGCUAGACGUUCGGCAUCCUUCCCGACGGAUAACGAAGAGACGCCAAAGCCAAAACAGCGACAUGGCCUCACCAAUCUGAAGGUCUCACAGAGCUAUAGAACGGAAACCCCAUGUACUCCACCGAGAGCACCUCUAGCACGUAAUAAUAGUGUUGCUGAUACCAAGGUUUCCAAAUUUCGGGAAGAGUUCAGUCCUCCUGCUACCAAAAAGAAGCUCACACAUUCAUCCUCGCUAAUCAAAUUCUUGAAACCCAAGAGACUCAGCUUGCGGAGCCAAAUCGAGGCGAGUAAUUCCCCUGAACAACCAAUUGUUGGCGGAGAUGGUCCUUUUGAUACACUAGACGUGCCUGCUGAUCGAGAGCGCCGACAAUCGCAAUCCCUGGUGAGUUUGCGUGCGGAACAACAAGCCCUCGGCAAGAACAAGGGCGCGAACCAGGUUUGGGAUCGUGCAUUACAAGCUCAUCAAGAAGAGAAAGCAUCUCUUUUUCUCCCCAAGAACAAGGAUCUCGCUGUACAGUCUAGUCCUUUUAGGGAACGCAGUUGGAGUGUUUCCACCAGACGAAUCAGCGUUGAUGACGCAGAUGUUUCUAUAAGGCCUGAGGACUCAAACGGGCGUCUAUCCACAUUGCAUACACCUACACCCGGUGGUGAUGAUGGAGACAGACCAUCAGCCUCGAUCUUUCGACGUCGCGCCCUGGCAAGUGGAGACGAUUCUGAGGUAGGAAAAGCAGUAGCGGAUGCCUACAACCGACAAGGCGACGAUGUGGAUAUUGUUGGUGCAUGGGGCCGAUAUCCUUCUCACACACGCGAGGAACGAACCGGGUCUGCUGGUAAAGUAGAUGAUGUCCAGCCGCGCGACUUUGCACUCGAAGUAGCGAUAAAGUCUACGGCUCCAAUUGAUGACGAGGACCUGGUCGAUCCAACGCAGCGAAGACCCUCGACUCCACUCCUGCCUGGCGAAAAGAAAAAGAAGAAGAAACUUGGCAGCAUGCGCAUGGCAAGAAGCAGCUCUAUGACGUUUGGUAAGGCACUCAUGAGGAACUAUAGUAAGAUGUUCAAGAGUCAGAGCACGGAGUUCAGGAGGCAUGGUCGCGGCCAUCGCAGCUCGAUCGCGUCUGGUGGUAUUUUAGAACAUCCUGAACUUGAGCUGUUACCUGAAGUGUGGGCAGGCGACUUUGUUGAAGAAAAUAACAGUGGCGCACGGGGCGAUCGUGAGGAGUUUGUUACUCCAGAUCAAACGCCAAUGAACACCGCCAAGGGCAAGGACAAACUCGUUGUUGAUGAGACUAUGGCAAGGCUCCGUCCGCGCCGUAACUCGUCUGCACCUAACCUCAGUGAGCUCUCGCUCCGAGGCGGUGAUGCCAAUUACGAUCACCUCCACGACCUUGCCCGUGGCUGGUCAGUCUACUACAAAAACUGCGUCGACGACUACCCCUGCCCAAGCACCGGUGCAAACACCACAACAGCGGACUGUGGUGCCCCCGCUCGUCUGUCUUUCGAUAGUAGACACAUGUCUCUCCACUCUUCCAUCAUGCGCAGCCAUACUGGAAGGCACUUACGCAACCCCAGUCCAGUGAGCCACAUGAGCUGUAAUAUGAGGGGCGGCGAUGACGCUGCGAGUGAGAAGAAGAGUAUGGCUAGCGUGAGACGCAGCACUAUGGAUCUUAUUUCAAAGUUCAAGAUGCAGGAGGUGGCGGAGCAUGAGAGGAUGUUGAGGCUUCGCUUGGGAGAGAGUGGUGAGGCGAUGGGGGAUGGGGAUGUGGAGUGA